GUUGUCCUCAUUGGAGACUCCGGUGUUGGAAAGUCCAACCUCUUGAGUCGAUUUACUCGCAACGAGUUCAACCUGGACUCCAAGUCCACCAUCGGUGUUGAAUUCGCAACCCGCUCCAUCCAAGUCGAUUCGAAGACGAUCAAGGCGCAGAUUUGGGAUACUGCUGGUCAGGAACGUUACCGUGCCAUUACGUCCGCUUACUACCGUGGUGCCGUUGGUGCCUUGCUCGUCUACGAUAUCAGCAAGCACCAAACCUACGACAAUGUCAACCGGUGGUUGAAGGAGCUUCGCGACCAUGCUGACUCUAACAUCGUUAUCAUGCUGGUCGGUAACAAGAGCGAUUUGAGACACCUGCGCGCUGUGCCCACGGAAGAGGCCAAGCAAUUUGCCAGCGAGAACAACCUUUCCUUCAUUGAAACGUCCGCUCUCGACGCAAGCAACGUCGAGCUUGCUUUCCAGAACAUCCUCACAGAGAUCUACCGUAUCGUCUCCAGCAAGGCUCUGGAGGGCGGUGACGCGGGCCAGACCGUCUUGGGCGACCGUCGCGACAUGGUGAGGAUUGAGCAGUCGGAUACCUCCGAGACCAAGCAGGGAUGCUGUUAA